AUGUUGCGGCCUCGGACGAUCCGGCCACUGUCACGCUCUCUUCAUCCGUCUACCUCGACCUGCAGAAGUACCGCAGCAUGCUCGGGUCGUAGAGGCCUGGCCUCCGUUGUGGCCGAGGAGAAGGACCCCGUCGAGCUCGACCAGAUUACCACCCUCCCAAAUGGCAUUCGCGUUGCGACCGAGGCCCUGCCCGGCCACUUCUCCGGCAUUGGCGUCUACGUCGACGCUGGCUCUCGGUACGAGAACGAUGCGCUCCGCGGAGUAAGCCAUAUUGUCGACCGGUUGGCGUUCAAAUCCACUAGCAAGACGAGCGGAGACCAGAUGAUAGAAAAGCUGGAAUCACUAGGCGGCAACAUACAAUGCGCCUCGUCGCGAGAAUCCUUGAUGUACCAAUCCGCAACUUUCAACUCGGCAGUUGCCACGACCGUCGGUCUCCUCGCAGAAACGAUCCGCGAUCCGCUCAUCACCGAGGACGAAGUCCAACAACAGCUGGAAACCGCUGACUACGAGAUUGGCGAGAUAUGGUCAAAACCCGAGCUCAUCCUCCCGGAACUCGUCCACAUGGCCGCAUACAAGGACAACACGUUAGGGAACCCGCUUCUAUGCCCAAAAGAGCAACUCCCAUACAUCAAUCGCAAUGUCGUGGAAGCCUAUCGCAAGGAAUUCUUCAAGCCCGAACGCAUGGUCGUUGCCUUCGCCGGCGUCGACCACCAUGAAGCCGUGCGCCUCACUGAGCAGUACUUCGGCGACAUGCAAAAGGGCGUGGGCCCUUCUCUCCUCAACCCUACCCAACACUCCGCCAUCCCUUCAUCCCACCCCUACGAUUCUCAAAAUCAAUCUUUCACGGCCUCACACCCGACCCCCACGGGCGCCCCCGCACAAACGUCUACCCUCCUCUCCAAAAUCCCCUUCUUCAAGAACCUCUCCACAUCCGCUACUUCCCACGCCUCAGUGCAGCAUCCCUCAUCAAUAGACCUCUCCUUCCCCCCCAUCGACACCUCGCUCCCCUCCCACUACACAGGCGGCUUCCUGACCCUGCCUCCCAUCCCUCCCCCGCUCAACCCGGCCCUUCCCCGCCUCUCCUAUAUCCACCUCGCCUUCGAAGCCCUCCCCAUCUCCCACCCCGACAUCUACGCCCUCGCCACGCUCCAAACGCUCCUCGGCGGCGGAGGCUCAUUCUCCGCCGGCGGACCCGGCAAAGGCAUGUACUCGCGCCUCUAUACCAACGUACUCAACCAAAACGGCUGGGUCGAGAGCUGCUUCGCCUUCAACCACUCGUACACGGACUCUGGCCUCUUCGGCAUCGCCGCCGCCUGCGCGCCCGCCAUGGUCGCCCAGAUGCUCGAGGUUAUGUGCCGCGAGCUGCAUGCCCUGGGCGAGGAGACUGGGUACUCUGCCUUAAAACCCGGCGAGGUCCAAAGAGCCAAGAAUCAGCUCCGGAGCCAGUUGCUCAUGAAUCUCGAGUCGCGGAUGGUGGAGCUCGAGGACCUGGGCAGGCAGGUACAGGUCCAUGGCCGGAAAGUCGGGGUGAAGGAGAUGUGUAAGAAGAUUGAGGAGGUGAGUGUCCAGGAUUUGAGGAGGGUGGCUAGGAUGGUGUUUUCGGGGGCGGUGGAGAACCCGGGGAGGGGGAGUGGGGCGCCGACGGUGGUGUUGCAGGAAGGGGAGAUGGAGGGGUUGAAGAGGAGGGAGUUUGCCUGGGAGGAGAUUCAGGGGAGGAUUGCGCGGUGGAAGUUGGGGAGGAGGUAG